AUGGUGGAGAAGGGAAGCAAACCGAGGGCGGCGGAGGUCGUCACCAGGGAUACCUUCAAGAAGAAGGCUCCGAAGGCCAUAAAGGAGAUAAGGAAAUUUGCCCAGAAGGCCAUGGGCACUAAGGAUGUCCGAGUUGAUGUGAAGCUGAACAAGCACAUUUGGAGCCGUGGGAUUCGGAGCGUGCCCAGGAGAAUCCGUGUUCGUAUUGCGAGAAAGAGGAACGAUGAUGAGGAUGCCAAGGAGGAGCUUUACUCUCUUGUGACUGUUGCAGAGAUUCCAGAAGCAGGGUUGAAGGGAUUGGGCACCCAAAUCAUUGAGGAUGAUGAAUAA